UGAUUGAACGCAAAGGGGCAGGACUUUUCCUCUCCGGGUCCUAUUAAGCGCAAACUUUGUGUUUUUGUUCUCCAACUUCAGCUCCGUGCUUCCAGCCAGCGCACACUUUUCCUCCGCUGCUGCCGCCGCUGGGUUUGUUUUUCCUCUUCCAUUUUCCUCCCUGCCUGAUUUCGUUUCCUCCGCCUGUUGGUUGCUACUGUUUGUUUGUUUUUUUUUGCAUGGGGGGUGCGGACACCGGGAGGAUGCGCUUUUCGCAGGGGCGAACGCCCAAAGUUCUUGCCCACGGCCGGUGCGGGCUGGUUUCAGUGGACAUAUAGAUGCGUUUCGGGCUGGAAUGAACAAUGGUGCGGCUCCUUGGUGCUGUGGACGGGGGCACGGUCCUGCGUGGGCUGCUGUUGCUGUGCGCCGUGGAGUUGGAGCUGGGAGCCGGGCUCGCGACUUUCCAGGGUUUCUAUCUUCCACCUGCGAACGGGUCGCUCCUCACACCUGCCCGGAGGACGGAUGGGCUCGUGCGGACCGUCGAUCGGAUUUACCACGGGGGAGGCAAGGUGGGCUACCUGCUGUACCUGGACGGGAGCCGCUUUCAGCUGGACAUGGAGCGGGACGAGGCGGUGCUGUCGCAUCACUUCAGUCCCCAGUACGUGCUCGCUGUGAUGGGGAAGAGCCCCGCGUCCUUCCAGCGGGAGUGCGUGUACCGCGGCACGGUGGACUCCAUCCCGGAGUCGCUGGCCGUCUUCAGCGUUUGCGGCGGGGGUCUCGAGGGCUUCUUCGCCGUCAACCGCACGCGCUACACCGUCACGCCUAUCGUCAGGGCGAAGGGACACGAGCACGUUGCGCGCGUGUUGCAGGACAGGGACGCCGAGAGCGCGCUCCACGUGUUCACGCGCGAGAGCUUCAGCUUUGAGGCGGCGCGCGAGGGGCGCGAGAGCUGCGGGACGCGCGACGGGCGCAUCGGACGCAUCGGACGCAGGCAUGCGGCGGGAACACGCCGGCACAGGGGCCGCGUGACGGGGAGACGGGACGGCGGGGGGUCCGUCGUGGAGGACGCCGAUGAACGCGGCGCGCACGGGCGGACGUGGUGGAGCCGGCUCGCCAAAGCGGCCGCGCCGCGCGCCGGAGCGAGGCACAAGAGGUCGGUGUCGCGCGCCAGGCACGUGGAGCUGCUCCUGGUGGCCGACGACUCCAUGACGAAGAAGUACGGCAAGGACCUGAACCACUACCUGCUCACGCUGGCCUCCAUCGCCUCCAAGCUGUACGGGCACGCCAGCAUAGAAAACCCCAUCCGGCUGUCGGUGGUGAAAGUGGCCACGGUCGGCGAGAAGGAGAAGGGGCUGGAGGUGACGAAGAACGCGGCGGCGACGCUCAAGAGCUUCUGCAAGUGGCAGAACCAACAGAACCCGCUGGACGACGAGCACCAGCACCACCACGACGCGGCCAUCCUCUUCACCAGGCAGGACCUCUGCGGCCACCACUCCUGCGACACGCUGGGCAUGGCCGACGUCGGCACCAUCUGCUCUCCGGAGAGAAGCUGCGCCGUCAUCGAGGACGACGGCCUCCACGCCGCGUUCACCGUCGCCCACGAGAUAGGUCACCUGCUCGGUUUGUCCCACGAUGACUCGAAGUUCUGCGAGGAGCGCUUCGGCGUCAACAGCGACAAGCGUCUCAUGUCCUCCAUCCUCACCUCCAUCGACGCCUCAAAACCCUGGAGCCGCUGCACGUCGGCGACCAUCACCGACUUCUUCGACGACGGCAACGCCGAGUGCCUCCUCGACGCGCCGCACCAGCCCCUGCUGGGCUCCGAGGAGCUGCCGGGGCAGAGCUACGACGCCGUCCGCCAGUGUCGCCUGGCCUUCGGGCCCGAGUACACGGUCUGCCCGGGGAUGGACGUGUGCUCGCGGCUGUGGUGCGCCGUGAUCCGCCAGGGUCAGAUGGUGUGUCUGACCAAGAAGCUGCCUGCAGUGGAGGGAACGCCCUGUGGCAAGGGACGCAUCUGCCUGCAGGGGAAGUGCGUGGACAAGACCCGAAAGAAGCACUACUCGGCGUCCAACCACGGCAGCUGGAGUUCAUGGGGUCCUUGGGGUGCGUGCUCCAGAACGUGUGGAGGGGGGGUGCAGUUCGCCCAGCGCCUGUGCAACAACCCGCCGCCACGAAACAACGGACGCUACUGCACGGGGAAGAGAGCCAUCUAUCGGUCCUGCAACGUCACCCCAUGCCCCGCGUCGAACAAGAGUUUCCGCCAGGAGCAGUGCGAGGUGCGCAACGGACCCCAAACCGAUCCUAAAGGGGUGAAGACCUUUGUUGAGUGGGUGCCCAAAUACGCAGGAAUUCUCCCGAAAGACGUGUGCAAGUUGACGUGCAGAGCGAAGGGAACAGGAUACUAUGUGGUAUUCUCCCAGAGGGUGACAGACGGGACCGAGUGUCGGCCCCACAGCAGCUCGGUGUGCGUGAAGGGGAAAUGCAUACGGACGGGCUGCGACGGCAUCAUUGGCUCCAAGCUGCAGUUCGACAAGUGCGGCAUAUGUGGAGGUGACAGCACGGGAUGCGUACGCGUAGCAGGGAACUUCACCAGGAAGAGUAAGGGCUACACCGAGGUCGUGAAGAUCCCCGCAGGCUCCACCCACAUAAAGGUCCGUCAGCACAAGGCUAAGGACCAAACCCGCUACACCGCUUACCUCGCCCUGCGGCGGCCCAACAGCGAGUACCUCCUGAAUGGAAGGUUCAUGAUCUCCACGUCCGAGACGAUCAUACCGCUCAACGGCUCCGUGCUCAACUACAGCGGCUGGAGCCAAAGGGAUGAGUGGCUCCACAGCAUGGGGCCCGGCGCCAUCCAAGAGGCGCUGGUGAUUCAGAUUCUAGCCACAGAUGCUAAAAAGCCUCUGGAUGUCCGCUACAGCUUCUACAUGCCCCGCCGGACUGCGCCACAGCAGGCGGCGGCGCCGCACGCCCCCAACCCAAAGUCGGCUCUGUUGGUGAGCACUGCGUCAACCACAACUACAGCCACAACCACAACAAGAACCACCACCACCACGAGCAGUAGUACCACUACAUCUUCCUCUGCUACCCCUGUUCUCAUUCCAGGUUCACCGACCCCUUCAAGUCCCUUGACCCCAUCCCCACCCCCAGGGCCCCAGUGGGUAACAGGUCCCUGGAUGAGCUGCACCAGGACUUGUGACACUGGCUGGCAGAGCAGGACAGUGCAGUGUAAAGACCAGGAAGGGAAACUGGCUAAAGGCUGCGUGCUGAGCGCUCGCCCCUCUGCUUUCAAACAAUGCCUGGUGAAGAAAUGUUGAGCAGACAGCUGCAAAACAAAGACAUGUAAGACAUGAUCUACAGGUUCGGGAGAAGGCGUAAUUUGCACCUCUUGAGGUGUCGAGUGCUGGAUGUAGGACCAACGAAUGGGUAAUAAAGAGGACGUUGAAUGUUGACAGGAAGUGCACAGACCAGUCACUAAGAUACUCAGAUUGGCUUAGAUGCUCCAGACUAUUUGGCAGGUGAACCCUGGGAACAGAGACCAUCCAGCGCAUACGUCUACGAUAAACAGAUUUCGUAUCGCAGGCGUCGUGAUGGGAUGGCGUGGAACUAAGCUGCAUGUCAUUUCCACAUGGCCAAUAACGGAUUGUCUUUGCUUCCGUCUCCAAACGCUGGAGGCUCCGUGUGUGUUGCCCUGUAAUGGCAUGCAUGUUGUGUCUUUUUAUUUUUGUACUCCUUGUGUUUUGAUCACUGUGGGGAUUCGUACCCGUUGUCUUUCGUCCUGCGAGUAUGUCUGAGACAAGCGCCCCAACAAUGGGAAGCACUCAUUAUUUACUUUUGUUGUCAUUUUGCCGCUAUGGUACUGUAGCCUUGAUCCACAUCCACUGCUCUGCGCAUCAGCAUCCUGUAUUAAGACGAUCUCUAAGGAAUCUUUGUAGCAAGAGUCUCUUGAGAAAAACACCAAGAUUGUGUGGGUACGUUAAAAGUAUCCCUUUGCAUAGAGGUUCUGGUUCAGGACCACAUGUCCCCACUUUGAGCUCUGUGUGUUCUUUGACUCUUGAUACCCAGAAAACUGGGAAGCAGCGCAAGCAGAGAAGCCAAGAUCGUCCUUUAUUUGGUUUUGUCUGCAUAAAGCAGGUAAACCCAGACAUAUUCUUUUCAAGUUUUGCUGUAAACACAAGUAUUGAUUCUACUGAAUUUGAUCAUCACAUGGAAAGAAACACGCCAUGGAUGUAUGCUAUCCUUUAGAGGACGACCCUUACAACACUUCAAUCAAGAAGGGGCGUAGUCGCUUUGACUCAAUUAUUAUUAUUAUUGAGGGGAGUUUAUUACAGGCUUUG